CCCCACCCCACCCUUUUCUUCUCUCUUUUUCUGGUCCUCUACACCGAUUCCUCUGCAAAUGAAUUCCAGCCGUAAGAUCCCCCACUAUUUCAACCCCUUUCGUUCCUUUCCACUAAAAUAAUAAUACUCCCCAUGGAACUAUAUCCUCAUCAUGUAUAUAUGUCAGUGAGUGACAAAUUCAUAUCCUCUUCUAGUCUUCUACUUAGUGUUCUGUGUUUAUCAUCCUCUGUUUUUCAUGUCUGCUCCAAAACAAAGCUCUGAAGAAAAUGGUGAGGAAGUUGGCAGGAAAGAAGACAACGAUAAAUUCAGAAGGGAAGAGAUUAAAGACGCCAUUGCUAAAGCGGUGGAGCUCAGAGCUCUCCACGCCGCUCUUGUGCAGGGCGGCGGCAGCCCAGGCGCGGCGGCGAAUCUGAGAUUUUCUUUAGCUUCCCCUGUUUCUUCUCAUCAUCUCCACCCACACUUCUGUGCUCUGGAUUACCCUGUUUUCACACCUAGUUAUGAAGAUGAACCAUUGCCGGGCUAUAAACAGCUAGAAAGCCGAAGCUGCGCUGAAACUCCAGACGAAUAUAAUCUCAGAGGAGGAACAGAAAGUGGAAACGAAUCGGUUUUAUCGGAUAAUAACAAUUACUAUUGCCCAAAACCAAAACCUUCUUUAAGAAAGAUGGCUACUACUCCCUUUGUCAAUAUGGGAGAUUCACCUCAAAGUUUUUUUACUGACCAAACCUCACUCCCUCCCAAAGCUUCUCCAGCAGGUAACCAUGUUAUGCCACAAUCAGACUCCCACUCUUCUGCUCAAUCACAGCAGCCAAGGAACAAAGGGCUGAUGUUCUCCUGGUUGUUCCCUCGGGUUAA